GAGAUUUCAUUUGCAACAAAAGCGCCGAAAAAUUACAGAACGGCACCAUCUUUAUUCCAUGCCAAACAGGCCCUUAUUCUUAGAUUUCUCCAUUCUUCCCCUUCCCAUUUCUCCUACCUGAAUGAUUGUUGCACU